AUGUGGCAAGUGCAAGUACUCUACCUUGUUGUAUUGGAGUGCCAACUUAUUUCGGCACUGGAGGACAAAAAGCGAGAGGAUCGGCCUGAUGUUAGUGUGCAUCCAAUGGAAAAGAGAGAUGCCAGGGUUAAUUUAAACUUGUUCGACUUCGACUCAAAUAUUUUUGAAACCUGCUUCAUUGUCAAAUUUUAUUUUAAAAUACGAAUUGUUAAUAAGGACGAUUGGCUAGAUGAUUACGACCACCCCUUGAAAAAGAAGGAUGCAGUAGCUGAAAAAACCACCAAAUUAAAUAAAAAUGCUUACGAGUUCGCCGGUUUUUGGGUCAACAUGCAGAUCAAGUAG